AUGGAUCAGUCCAACCAGGCCCUUAAGGCUGCGCACCGCCGCGAUGAUGCAGUGGACUAUCUCGAGACCCACACUGAAUGUGUUGGCGUGGAUCUGAUCGCACUGCGACGCAAGAUCGACCGCCGCGUACUCCCCUAUAUGUUCUGCUGCUACGUUCUACAGUUCCUUGACAAAGUCAUGCUCAAUUACGCGGCAAUAAUGGGACUGAAGCAAGAUCUCAAACUUACCGGUAAUGAGUUUUCCAACGCGGCUACCUGGUUCUUCAUUGCUUAUUUGAUUGCCGAGGUGCCGAAUGUCUACUGCCUGCAGAAAAUCCCAGCUGCCAAGUGGCUCGGUGGGAACGUAUUUUUCUGGGGUGUCGCUGCAGCGGCUUCGGCAGGUGCUCAUGACUAUCAAACUCUGCUGGUUGCACGAGUGUUUCUUGGCGCGUUCGAGGCAACGGUAGGCCCAUCGUUGAUGUUGCUGAGUAGUCAGUACUACACGCGAAGUGAACAGGCUCCAAGGUUUACCUUCUGGUACAUGGGAAUGGGUGUUGCUCAGAUCCUAGGUGGCAUUCUCUCGUUUGCGUUCCAACAUGUCCAUAGUGCAGUGCUGGAUGGAUGGCGCAUCAUGUUCCUGAUGUUGGGUCUGAUCACCAGCGUCGUGGGUGCGCUGACCUUUUUCUUCAUCCCGGACACGCCGCUUAAAGCCUCAUGGUUAACUGAUGAUGAAAAGACUACUCUUCUCCAGCAUAUCUCGGUGUCCAGCGGGGUGAUCACCACAUACUCCGCCACUCUGAUUGCAGGAUUCGGGUUCUCAGGUCCCAUCUCCGCACUCCUGAACACACCCUCCGGCAUAGUCAGUAUCUUCUUCACAUUGCUAGUCGGAUUCGGGAUACGCAGGACAUCCAACCGCUGGGCCUGGAAUGUCCUCUGUACUAUCCCGGGUAUCGUCGGCGCAGCCAUGAUGUCAUUCAUCCCGAAGUCGAACAAGGCUGGUGUGCUGAUCGGUGUUUACCUUGUCAACGCUAUUGUGGCCACCCUACCCAUUCUGUAUCAGUGGACGAUGGCCAAUUGUGCCGGACAUACGAAGCGGGCAUUCGCCAGUGCCCUCAUCGCAGGAUCAUUCUCCGUGGGCAACAUCAUCGGCCCGCAGACAUUCCAGGCGCGCGAUGCACCGGGUUAUCGUCCUGCGAAGAUCAUCGUUCUUGCGACGCAGGCUGCGGCGGCGGCGGUGACUGUGGUAUUGUAUUUGUACUACCGCUGGGCAAACCGUCGUCGAGAUCAGAAACAGGGACCUGUGAAUGAGGCUCUCAUCGAUCAAAUAAAGUGGGCUGGACUGACGGAUAAGGAGAAUACUUGCUUUCGCUAUGCUUAUUAA